GCAAACACUGGCGGUGGUGGCGGCGGCACGGAUCCUGAGUCUUCCUUGGCUGGCAACGGAGGGUCUGGCAUCGUGAUCAUCAAGUACCUGAGUUCCAUCCCGUUGCUCCAAGGUGGCACAGUCACCACGAGCAAUGGCUACCAAAUUCAUACUUUCACAGCAACUGGAUCGCAUACCGUAGCAGUCGAGGCGGCAUGCGGUGCGUGGCGCUACUACAGGUACUAUGUCCCAGUCGCGAGUGCAAACCCGCAUCAUCUGUGCAUCAAUGAGAUGCAGUACUUGUACGGUGGUAGCGUGCUCUCAACACCUGCAACUCACUGCGGCAGUGCACCGUGCGCUUUUGCUACUUCCGGAUUCUACUCGGAUUGGAGCCCCGAGAAAGCUUUCGAUCAAAGCAAUUAUGCAAUGUAUGGCAGUGGAUAUUGCAAUGAAGCCGGUGAUGGUUAUCCCCGAGGGGCUGGGUGGUUGGCGUACGACUUCGGAGUGCCGACACAAGUCGAUCAGGUCAAGAUUUGGUUUUGGAGAGGUGAUCACAGCGCGAGUGGGACGGCCUACAUGGAAGGCUCAAACGAUGCGGUCACAUGGACAACUUUGAAAACGAUUACAGACACUGAUUAUGCGACACUCGAUACGACCGUCGAUUGUGUUGCAUCGCCAAGUUCGGCGCCGACGCUGCUGAUGAAGCUGAGGGCUGGCUCCAAUACCUUCCAGUAUGACGCAAGCUAUUGGACCGACACUUCUGUGUUGAACGAAGCUGGCGGCGCUUCGGUCAGCGACUCUGACGACGAGGACGUCAAGAUGUCGGCAUUCAACACAGACCCGAUCUCCGCCCUGACGUUGUGCUACAAGACGCUGGACAACUGCUACACGUACGAGCUGGGCGCGACGUACACCAGCGCAAGCGCUCUCUUCAGCUCGGGAUUCAUCCGCAGCGAAAAUCUGGGUUAUGGCGCUGGAGCCGCCGACGCAGCGAAGCAGGCCUGGACAGAUCUGUUUUUGCCGCCGGGGACCCCGACCUGGUACGACGACUAUUGGAACGGGAACGGAGGCGGCAAUUGCAAUAUGCAGCGGCCAGGGAUCAACACCCAGUGCAAUGACAACAACUGGGCCCGCAUCGGGUACUGCGUGAACCUCCCUGACCAGAGCUGCCAGCCAUAUGAUACCAGCGACGCCGACUCUCCUAUUGGGAUCGGGCUGAAGACGCAGAAUUGGCCCAACAAUGUCAAUGCCCCUUUCGGGGAAUACUUCAUACACGGCGCUGGGUCGUCUGGCGUGCAGCUCUUCCAACACCAAGCAUGGCUUUUCGCAGGGGCCGAUGUAUAUGACAAGGGCAAGCGGCAGGCGGGUUACCGCUACAUCGAGAAGUACGGCCCGAGGGGCAACAAUAAACACCAGUUCGUGGAGUGGACCGACGAGAUGAUUCACGAGUCGCUCCGCAACUACGCGUCGGGCACUGUCGGCGCGAGGACACUCGAGCGCUGGGCGGUCACUCUCAAGCGGAUUGGCCCGUUCCUGUUCGACCGCAUCGUCGCCCCCAUCCUUAGGGGCCCCGACGUCCAUGGGACCAUGUGGAUCGGAAAGACCAGGGUCGGCAAAUCCACAGCAUCCAAAACGAUCGGCUUCGCUAUUUCUGCUUACCAGAUUGAGAAGCACUGCCGCGCUGACCUCCGCCCGAUCGUCAUCGCUGCGAAGAAGAUCGGCUUCCUGCGAUUGGAGCCUGGGACCAUAAUCAAGCCCGCCAUCGCAGACGAUACCGCGCUGGCCAAGUGGGGCCCCGACGAGAUCAAGGCUUUCCUCGACCCCGCCGAGGAAGACGCGCUGCUUUGGGCGAAGCGGUGGGGCGGCGCCUCUUUCGAGCAGAACCAGUCCCGCCAGAUCUGCGUCAAUCCGUAUAACGAGGAGUUCGAGGCGACGGCCGAGUCCGUCAGCAGGGAGCAGGAAGAGGUAGCAUUCAGUGACUUCAUCCAGAUCAUCGGCUGCAGUUUCAUCUGCGAAAAGCAGUGCAGCUACAAGAUGGCGGACGUGGAGGCGUACAUGGCGAGGUCCAACGUCGUGCUCCUCUCGCCGAACCGGGUGUACUUUCGGGCGGCAUCCACGACGAAGGAGCCAGCCCCUCGCUUUCCGCGGCCAGUGCCCGCGAAACCAGAUCUCUUCACGCCCGAGACGUGCGACAUCCUCACGGCAUUCAAGAAAGACCAGACUCGCGUUCCAUCCGACUACGACCAACACAUGAGGUGGGCCGUGGCCGCCAUGAAGAAGUUAGCGCGGGGCGAGGAGCUCGGGCAGUCAUCGACGGUCCGUGGCCCAACGCUCUUCGACCAGGACGCGCCCACGAGAUGCAACUUCCCAGAGGUGGCCACGCAGCCGCCGAGCGACAGGCAGGGGAGCGAAUGGUUCCCGCGAGCGGCCGCUGGUCAGCCGACCAGCGCCUCGCGCCCCGUUCGCGAAGAUACGCGCGAUGUCGAUGAGCAGCUGAAUGUCUGCCGCGCCCCGCUUAAGCGCGGCGCCGAGCGCCUGGCUUGCCCCGACGUGUCCACCAUGGACGAGGAGGAGCGCGAGAGGGCCAUGCAGGCGAUGAAGGAGAGUAUCAUCGAGCGCGGGAGGGAGGCCCACGGCUCGAGCAUCGACCUGUUGUCCCCAGCGCGCCCGCCGGCCGCCGACGUCGCCUCGCAGGAUAUCGCCGCGGCGAUGGCCGAGGGCGCGGCCGCCGCUUCAGGCGACGAGAGGUCCUUCCCGCAAGUGGGCGAGGGUUUGGCCUCUGACUGA